AUGCGCUUCUUCAUCGCCCUCGUCGCCUUCACCGUGACAGUUUGCGCCUUCACCGGCCUACCGUCCAACUACACGACGUUGCAGAAGAAGAACGCUUGCAAUGACUAUUGCAUGGGCCAGACUGAGUCCCUGUCGACCGGAUUCAAAUUCCUAGUGAACGGCUGGGAGUUGUGCAGCUGUGCGCCUGCUCAGGCUACUGGAAGCUGGUCGGCCUCUACCUGCUACGCCCAGUGCUACAACCGUUGCCAGAACACCCUCGGCUACUGUGCCUGGAACUACGCCACCAACACUGAUUACACUGGGUUGUGCUGCACGACGUCCAACACCAACGCGACCGUCCAGACUAAGUGCUUCAAGACCGGCUCCGGUCUCUGCUAUCAAGCA